AAACAGGGCCCAGAUCAGAGAACCUCUCUGAGAUUCACUGCUCAGCUCUGGCCUACAUUCUGCAGAUGUCAGAUGAGGUUCUGGAUGAGUUGGACCUGGAGAAGUACAACACAACAAAGGAGGGACAUUUAAGACUGAUUCCAGCUGUGAGAAACAGCAGAAAGGCUCUACUUUGUAAAGCUUGGCUCUCAGAGACUCACUUUGAAAUUUUGGGCUCAGCUCUGAUGUCCAACCCCUCCCAUCUGACAGAGCUGGACCUGAGCUUCACCCCCCUGCAUAUUUUGAGUGGAAACAACUCUUUGCAGCAUUCAGCAAUGAAACCAUUGCUUGCUAGUCUGGAGAGUCCACACUGUAGACUGGAGACUUUGAGACUGAAGUGCUGCAGGUUGACAGAGACUGCAUGUGCUGCUCUGGUCUCUGCUCUAAAGUCCAACCCAUCCCAUCUGAGAAAUCUGGACCUGAGCAAAAAUGAUGUGCAGGAUUUAGGAGUGAAACACAUUUGUGGUUUUUUGGAGAGUCCACACUGUAAACUGGAGACUCUGAGGUCAGUUGCCUGUUAGCAUUCUCUUAGAAUUUAUGAUUAAUAUGAAGUUGUUUCUAUUCUAGGAGUAUAUUGUUUAGUCUUUUGGGUAUAGUAUUAUUUUCCACUCCUUCUGAAUUCUGUUUUCCAUGUUUCUAGCUCUUAUUUCCUUGUUUGAUUAUUAUAGUUUCCUUUCGUGUGUAAUCUCUCCUAGUUUUAUCUUUGUGUUUUGUCCUUAGCAUCUUCGGUGUGAAGUCAGUUUUGUCUCCAUAUUUGUUUUCCCUUUCUGUUUUUCUCUUUCUGUUCCUGUGUUUUCUUAUUUCUUGUCUUAUUUUGUGAGUCCCUCAUCUCAUGUGCUUUGUGUUCAGUUUUGCUUCCCCUUGUCUCAUCAUUUAGAUUCUGUUCACCUGUAUCUUAUUUCCCCCAGCUGUGUCCUUUCUCGCUAACUAUGUCUUGUGUUUAUUUAAACACCCAGUUUUCCUCAGAUCCUUCUUUCAUUCUCCCACAUGCUGUGUAUUCCUGUUUUCUGUAGGGUCCCUUUAGUCUCUAGUUUUGGUUUUGGUUUUCUAUGAGUUCCACCAAUUGACCUGUCUUUUGAGUUUGCUUGUUGUCUCUGGAGUCCUGCAUAUUGGGGCCUAAAUCUCCCUGCCACACAGUGAACAAACAUGGAUACGAAUGUUUCAUGCACAAAUCUUUAAUUUAUCAAUAUUUUCAUCGUUUAAUUGGUUUGUUCUUUAGGAAAAUAGUCUCCCUGACCUUGCAUAUGAACAAAUGACAGCCUUACUGCUUUUUCAAUUUAAACAUGAUGAACGAGCCAUCACUACUGUUACUAAUAAUAACAACAAUGAUUACAAUUAUUAUUUUUAUUCCCUUUGGUCAUUGUUUACUGUUUUCCAAAACACCAUAUGCCAUCAAAUGAAAAAUAAAAGGAAUGUAAAGAAAAUAAAAUGCAAUUGUGGUGACCCACUAGAGGACUCCACUUACACCCAAGCCGAGAGGAAAGAUUCUGCUGUGUUUGGGCGCAAUAUGCUCAGUUCAUGUUUGGAGGUGAAAAGUUGGAAUGUAAAACCAGAGCUCCUGUGUCGUGUGUCACAUGCCUCCAUACAAUCACUACGGGAAUGACCACUCUUCAAAGGAAAAAAUGAAUUAAAUUGAAUUGAAUGAAAUCAAACAUUUCUCAAUAUACAAAUGUGGCAAGAACAAAACAGGCCAAUACACAGGUUUCAAUGAUCCAACAGUAAUUUUGCAUGGUAACAAACUUCUUCAGUAGGUUAAAACAUUUCCAACAUUUCCAAGCAAAUAUUAUUAAAUGAGGCCACUGACGGGAAUAGCAGACAUCUCAGUGCUUAACUCAUCAUUUAUAAAGCAUUAGUUCUCCUUAGGAUGUAUUUUAUAAACACAUAAAACAUAAAUGUUAUUCUUGAUUAAUGAACUUAUAUAUAACAUGUUCAUGGUAUCAUAAGUGAUUAACAAAGUAUUUAGAUGCAUGCACACACACACAAAUGUUUGCAGCUGAGAAUAAAUAUUUCUAUGUUCUGUAUCUCUUUGUGCUUUGUCUGUGUCAUUUUCCUGUUGUGGACAUAGCUUAGACUUGUUUGAGUGUUAAGGUACUUUAAUUUUCAUUUUUAAAUUCUUUUCUAAAGAGAAAGCACAUUAUUCCUAUAUUGGCUUCUCUUCAUUUACUCCCUGUUAAAUCUAAAUUUAAAAUUGUUCUCAUCACCUACAAGGGCGAGAAUGAGCAGGCUCCAUCAUAUCUUAACGACCCUAUAUUACCAUAUCAUCACAUUAGAGCACUCUAAUGGUGUGUGUGUGUGUGUGUGUGUGUGUACUUUGUUAAUCAGUUAUUGAGACUUUCUAAAUGAUAACGCCAACACAUUUCAGGGAGUGCAGAAUUAUUAGGCAAGUUGUAUUUUUGAGGAAUAAUUUUAUUAUUGAACAACAACCAGUGUUGGGAAGGUUACUUUUAAAAUGUA